AUGCACAUUAUUUCCACAACACCUACAAUAGACACCUACGCAUCUUUUGCAGACAAUCCGCCAAUGGAUUUCUCAGCAGAUGACGAUGGCGCGCUUGCGAAUUACAUGCCCAACCAUUUUGGGAAACAAGAUGGUUCAAUAAACGUCGAGGCGCAAAUCGAGCGCGCGCGCAGACCAGUCGAGGAUGAGAGCAAAAGUGCGAAGAGGAAAGAUGCCGGAUCGGACGGGGGCGACAAGGAUUCGGAUGAUGACGACGAUAGCGACAUGAGUGAUGAGGAGGACGAAUACCCCGUGUCUCAUGAAUUGAUCAUCAAGACGCAUGACCGAGCUGUUACAACCAUUGCACUGGACCCCUCGGGGACGCGACUGGUGACGGGGAGCAACGACUGCACACUCAAGCUGCACGAUCUGUCUGCGCUUACGCCAUCGACUAUUCGCGCGUUCAAGACAGUAGACCCGUUUGCGACGAAACCUUCGCAGACCGCCGAGUCGCAUUCAAUACACCAAGUCAUGUUCCCCUCAAACUCAGGAGGCCAAUUCUUGUGCAUCACAGCGACACCACAAGCGAGGUUAUUCAGUAGAGAUGGGGAACUCACUGCAGAGUUUCAAAAGGGUGACAUGUACUUGAGGGAUAAGCAUAACACGAAGGGACAUACAUCAGAGGUUACGAGUGCCGCAUGGCAUCCUACAGAUCGAGAGCGCUUCGUCACGGCAGGAACAGACAGCACAGUGCGGAUAUGGGACACCAAGAAGAGGUUUAAACAGGAGGAGGUCAUCGUACACAAGUCACGAGCUGCUGGCAGCGCGGGUAUGACAAGAAUGACGGCUAUUGCAUGGGGGCCUUCUCCGGAUGGGAAUGGCACUAUCAUCGUUGCUGCGGCUUUAGAUGGUAGCUUGGUCAUGUGGAGUGGUGAAGGCCCAUUCCAUCGUCCUACUGCGGAGAUUCGAGAUGCGCAUGCGAAAGAUACUUGGACGAGCGGAAUUGACAUCAGUGCCGACGGCAGACUGGUGAUUACAAGAGGCGGAGACGACACAAUAAAACUAUGGGAUACCAGGAAGUUCAAGACGCCGCUCAACAUGACAUCGCACACAUCAACAUCAUCGCAAUACCCAACUUCAAACAUACAGUUUGCACCAAACGGUUCCAGCAUCGUCACAGGCUCUGAAACAGGUCAUCUUCAUAUUCUCAACCCCGCCACACUUCGUCCAGAGAUUGUCACACCCGUGACACCUGGCUCGCCACUCAUCACAGUAAAUUGGCACCCCAAACUCAACCAGAUCCUCACCGGCUCCGCCAAUGGCCAAACUACCAUUCUCUUCAACCCCAAGCUCUCCACCAACGGCGCCCUGACCAUCCUCAGCAAAGCACCAAAGAAGCGUCACAUAGAUGAUGACCCUUCCUUGACCGUAGACAUGGAUCCCCUAGGCAUGGCAGGCGAAGCCCAGAACCCAUCUGGAAAAGCACCCGCUGGCUCCUUCGCUGCACGCCACCCAACUGUCGGGCUCACAGCUUCUGGCAAGAGUCGUGACCCGCGACGUCCACAUGUACCUGCUGUCACGCCAUUUGCAAAGUCUACGCCUGAUCAGAAGUACGUGAUGGAGCAAAUUGAGGGUAGUGACAUGCGAGACGAGGAUCCGAGAGAGGCCCUGCUUAAGUAUGCGCCCAAGGCUGGGGAGAAGAAUGUCUUUACGGGUGCAUGGGAUAAGACGCAGCCAAAGGGGAUUUACAAGGAGUACGAUAGUGAUGAGGAUGAGAGGGAUGCUAAGAAGACGACUCCUAAUAGUCAAGUUUCCACGUCAACGACAGUAAGUGCGCUGGCUCAUGAGGGCCUACGAGACUACGAUGUAAGGCGACCUGAUGCCCCACGCAAAGGCCUUGGCACACGUGAGCCCGUCCCUUACCGCCCAUUCCCAAUACAGUUACUCUUAGUCGCACGACCGCGACGCGAGCCGUCCAACACUCACACUCGCAGCAAGGCCUCCGCCAUCAAAACAACCCCCACUCCACCCUCCCAUCCCAGCUCCUCUACCCCAUCCACCUCACCAAUUCCUCUCCGCGGAAGCAAAAAAAGAAACAUCGACACCAAAUCCCUCAACUUUUGA